AUGACUAUUAAGUUAGUUGUGGGAGGUUUUACUUUGAACAUAAUCAGAGCAUACGCACCCCAAGCAGGCUUGGAUGAGGAAGUGAAGAGGCAUUUAUGGGAGGAUUUGGAUGAGAUGGUGCGUGGUAUCCCACAUACCGAGAAGCUUUUCAUAGGAGGAGAUUUCAACGAACACAUUGGAGAUAGAAACGGAGGAGGAACGUCUCUGCUGGAAUUUGCUAGCGUAUUUGAUUUGGUGAUAGAAAACUCGAGUUUCCCGAAGAAGAGGGAGCACUUGGUCACCUUCCGAAGUUCGUUGGCCGAGACUAAGAUUGAUUAUUUACUCUGCGGGAAUUCUGAUAUAGUUCUUUGCACGGAUUGCAAGGUCUUCCCGAGUGAGAACCUCUCGACCCUUCAUAGGCUUCUGGUCAUGGACCUUGAGAUCACGAGGAAGAGAAGUAAGAGGGCGAUGUAUAGCCAACAUAAGAUCAAGUAG